AUGUUCAGAGCUAGGAGUGAACUUUGAAUAGUACACGCCCCAUGGACCAAAGAUCCCGCAGCGUCAGUAUUCACUUUUGAAUGUAUUAGACUGUGGUAGAUAUCUGAUCGCUACAACAUAAUUUGGGCAAGUGUCACCAUGCAGUGUAUACAAAGAGAACCGCGAAGGACAAAAUCGGAGGAACUACUUCAUUAUGCACAAUGCAAGAAAGAGGCCGGUAUCAACACAAAACUCUUGGGCUUGGAUGGAGAUCCAGACCUUCAGUUUCUGCUGAGUGGCGGCGACCUGCUGAAGGUUCGUUCCAGCAACUGGAAGAAGACACGCUUCUACAAGCUGAGGGAGGACUGCAAGACCUUGUGGUAUGAGUCACACAAGACUGUGAGGGCCUCCAAUCCAACCUGUGAGUCCUGCUUCGGCGUCCACCCCACAUUCUGCGUCGACGACAUCGCUACGGUGAGGCAGGGCCGGCAUACAGAGGGGCUGAGGAAGCACACAGAUGACAAGGUGGAAAGUCGAGCCUUUUCCAUCCUGUUCAAGAGUCGCCGCAAAAACCUGGACCUGAUCGCCAGCUCUGAGGAGGAGGCCAAACAGUGGGUUACUGGGUUGGAAAAGCUCAUGUCCAACAUGGGCAAACUUACCCAGCAACAGAAGACUGAGCACUGGAUCUUCAACUGCAUGCGCAAAGCAGACAAGGAUCGCAACAACAAAAUGUGUCUGAAAGAGCUCAAGAGCUUCAUGCAUCAUAUCAACAUUGAAGUGGAUGACGCGUAUGCUCAGACAGUAUUUGAGAAAUGUGACCAGUCCAAAUGUGGAUUUCUGGAUGGUAAAGAAAUAGAACACUUCUAUGAAAUUCUCACAGACCGUGAGGAGAUUGGUACCAUCUAUGAAAAAUACGCCAAGACUGGGGGCAUGAUGAAUGCCGAGGACCUGCUGAACUUCCUGAUCACAGAGCAGAGAGAGGCUGUGGAUCUGAACCAUGCUCUCACCCUCAUCAACAAGUAUGAGCCAGACAGCUCUGCGAAAGAGAAGAAGAUGAUGUCCAAGGACGGGUUCAUGAUGUACCUGCACCAGCCAGAGUGUCUGAUUUUCAACCCUGCCCACAGGAGUGUGUAUCAGGACAUGACUCAGCCCCUCAACCAUUACUUCAUCUCCUCUUCCCACAACACGUAUCUGAUGGAGGACCAGCUGAAGGGACCCAGCAGCACCGAGGCAUAUAUAAGGGCUCUUCUGAAGAGCUGCCGCUGUGUGGAGCUAGACUGCUGGGAUGGAUCAGAUGAUGAGCCGGUCAUUUACCAUGGUUACACGCUCACGUCCAAGAUCCUCUUCAAAGAUGCCAUCAAGGCUAUCAAGGACUACGCCUUUAAGACAUCAGAAUACCCAGUGAUCCUUUCUCUGGAGAACCACUGUAGUGUGGAGCAGCAGAAGAUCAUGGCCCAGCAUAUGAUCUCCAUCCUGGGCAGUGCCCUGGUCACGAAGCCUCUCGGGGACCAGAUACCCACAGGCUUCCCUUCUCCAGAGGAACUGAAAGGACGGUUCGUGAUCAAAGGGAAGAGAUUGAACAAACUCGAGGACAGCUUCACCACGAAAGCCAACAGCACUGAGGACAUUGUCUCUGAGGAGGAGGAGUCUGGGGAUGAUGAGGAGGAAGAAGAUCAAAAACCUAAGGAGAGCAAGACGUUGAAACUGGCCAAGGAACUGUCUGACAUCGUCAUCUACUGCAAAAGUGUGCAUUUCAACGGCUUUGAGGAUGCCAAAGACAACCUGAGCUUCUAUGAGAUGUCGUCUUUUAAGGAGGGAAAAUCAGUUAAGCUGGCGGAGGAGUCAGCAAACCAGUACAUUCACCACAAUGUUGACAAACUCAGCCGGAUCUACCCAGCAGGCAUGAGGACAGACUCAUCCAACUACAAUCCUGUCCCACUUUGGAACAGUGGCUGUCAGAUAGUUGCCCUGAACUUCCAGACUCAAAGCUUAGAGAUGGAUGUGAACCAAGGCCGAUUUCUGCCCAAUGGACAGAGUGGCUACAUCCUGAAGCCAGCUUACCUGAGGGACAGGGCUUCUGAGUUUGACCCCAUCACACUCACUCGGGGAGGGUGGCUUCAGCACAAGACAUUUCAUGUCAUGGUGAUUUCAGCUCAACAGCUACCCAAAGUAAAUCCAAAAAAGACAUCCAUCGUUGAUCCACUGGUGAGGGUGGAGAUCUACGGUGUGAACAGCGACGUGGCUACAAAAGAAACAGAGCCCGUUGAGAACAACGGAUUCAAUCCAAGCUGGAAUGCCAGGUUCCAGUUUGAUGUUUAUGUCCCGGAACUGGCUCUGGUGCGCUUUGUGGUGGAAGAUCAUGAUACCACAUCUUCCAAUGAGUUUGUUGGACAGUACACUCUACCCUUUACCAGCAUUCAACGUGGAUAUCACCACGUGCCUUUGGUCAACAAGAAUGGUGAUCGUCUACCUUCAGCUGGUCUCUUUGUCCACACCAUGAUCCUGGAUGACGAGUCACAGUAGUCACAAUAGCCUCAGAUCAAAACACCCUUUUCACACAG